GGCAACACCGCAGUGCAUAGUGCUGUUGGACUGUACCGAGGAAAAUCAGCCAUUGAAAACAAAUUAUCGUUACAUACCUACAUAAAGAGAAAGGAUACGUAUUUGGAUGACACAACAUCGAUUAUGAUCAUUGUUGGCUAGCUGAUGGAAACGGACAUCUUUAGAAAUGUGCGCGAAUGUCUUUGGCGCUUUGAAAAGGUAGCCUAAGCCGUGCCCCAUUGUGGCCAGAAAAGGGGCAUUUGCCGGUGGCAUCCUGGUUUGGAGACCUUUCCGGAGAUUCAGAAUGUGGUCAUAACAAUACACAUCACUGUGGAAUAGCAGCAGAGGAACCGCCUGCAAAUACAAUAUUUUGAGAGCCUCUCAAUCUGCAGUGUCUGGAUGCCGAUGGUGCAGAAGUUAGGCUACUGGUGUGUUCUUCUGAGCCAGCUUGAUCUUACCUGAGCCAGCUUGAUCUUAUUCAUUGAGUUUUCCCUCUGGAGUUUUUCUUGUUUGGAAAGCCCUUUGAUGGUGGAAAGAGGAUGGACCAUGGCAGCCAGCAGCAGCAGCAGCACCCAGCCAUGAUACGGCUCUAUGAGGUCCAGCGGGAGGUCCAGUCUCUGGGCCCUCAGGUGUGCACUUUCAGCGGGUUGAAGAACGAGCGGGAGUAUCGGCGGCUGGAGCGCGAGCUGACCCGGCUGCUCCUGGAGGUGGACCAGGUGGACACGGAGGGCAGGGCAGACCUACAGGGGGCACGCAAGAGAGCAGCCCAGGAGGUGGAGGGGCUGCUGCGCUACCUUGAGGAGAACGCCACCCACCCGUCUCGCCUGGCCAUCGAGGAGCUGAGCCGGGAGGCCCAGAGGCUGGUGGAGCAGGGGGUGGUGGAACCGCAGCGGGCCGGGGGCACAGCAGAGAUCAGUGAUGAGCUGGUGGAUGCCGUGCAGGAGCUGAUACUGAGGCUCACCCAGGUGAAGACAGGAGGGAGGGUGCCCCUUCGCAAGGCUCGCUAUCGGGCCCUGACACGACUGUGUGCCGUGCAGGACGUGAUCGAGGGCCGCACACGCCAGCAGACCCUCCCCCUGUCAGAAGACACGCACGUGGCCGUGCAGAGGAUCAACCAGGUGAUGGUGCAGGUGAGUGGGGCGCGCAGCCAGCUGGUGGCACUGUUGAUGGGGCUGAGUGGGAGGGAUAGCUGUGCCCACCUGUCCCGCGUGCUCACUGAGCUUCUGGUGGAGCUGGAUGCCCUGGACGUGUCGGGGAACGCAGCGGUCCGGAACUACCGCAAACAGGUGGUGGAGGAGAUCAACGGCCUGCUCAAACACCUGGACCUGGAGGGAGAGGGAGACGACACGCGCAGGUAUGACUUGGCGCAGAAUGACUCAAUCCGUCAGAUUGAGGCGGUGCGGGGUCGGGUGGGCCAGCUGCGCGGGGAGGUCCUGCGACACUGUGGGGUGGGCGACCUCUUCAGGCCCAAGCCUGAGCUCCAGAGUCUCCUCACACAUCUGGACCAGGUGGAUACGGCCCGUAACCCCUGUAUCCGUGAGGCCCGCCGACGCGCUGUGCUGGAGGUCCAGGCUGUCAUCACCUUCCUGGACCUCCGUGAGGCCCUGAUCUGCCGCCAGCCCGGCUCCAACGAGCCCCCACAACACAGGGCUGUGUGGAUGGUCCUGGGCAGCCUGUCAGACCUCCAGGCCCAGGUACUCUGCUUCAACGGCAAGCGGGCCGACAAGAGCUACAUAUUGCUUGAGGAGCUUCUAACUAAACAGCUGCUGGCCCUGGAUGCAGUUGACCCACAGGGUGAUGAGAUGACCAAAGUGGCCCGCAAGCAGGCAGUCAAGUUUGCCCAGAACAUCCUCAGCUAUCUGGACAUGAAGACAGACGAGUGGGAAUACUGAUCCACUGGAAAAGACUAUACAUAGCUGAAGUAUGGGUACGCCAACCUAUUAAAUUGUAUAUAUACACUGGUGUAUCAUCACUCUAAGAGUUGGGGUCUGUACAUUUUGACUAAAUCCCAGAAUGCACUGCAGCAGCGCUUUUGGUCUCUUUGUUGUCAUUGUCGCUGGCCUGUGGGUAAAAAAAAACAACCCAAGAACAUUUUUGUGAAAUAGAAUUUGGAGAAAAGUGUUAUGACGUGCUUUUGAAAGUUUAUUGAGCAUCUUUUUGAAAUCUACUGUAUGUAUAUGAGUUUUGAUCAGUGUUGUUGUGUGGUUGUAAAGCCUGCGGCCAAAAGCACUGAAGCCUGUUAUGGUGGUGGUCAGAGUAGUUAAGAUCCAGUCACGUCGUCUGUUUUUCAAAAGCAGGAGUGGGACUAGAGUAAUUACAUCUCAAUGGUAUCCAUGUUUUGCUUGACUACUUUGGAGGUCAGUUGUAAAUUAACUCAGCCAAACGAUGUCUGUGAUGUCUCAAAAUACUUCUUUACCGAGAUAAACAGAGUGUACAUCAGCACUGUGAGACAAGAUCUUCACCUGUUCAUUUUGCUUAUCCUCUGCUCUCUUUCUUCCUUUAUUAUUCAACACUUCUGAGGCAAACUCCCCUAACCAUGGCUGGACACACCAGUCUCUGGCAACUGUUCAAAUGAAAAGGAGAGCUUCUUCAUGGCUUUACCCACUGUCCUACAAUAAUGAGGAUGGGCAUGGAACUCGGUGAAGUUAAACGGCCUGUGAGAUCCUUUGUCAACUUAGAGGGUUAGUUAAAGGCCUAGUUGUAAAGAAUGAAUAUUUGUAGACACGAUAAAUGACUAUGUUUGUCUGUAAUUUGUAGCUAAAUGUUGAUUGUGACUUGUGUGUUUGUGAGGCUAUAUCCUGUCUGCAUUGAAUUUAGUGAAGGGGAAAAACAGAGUGUGGAGGUGGUUUUGUUUUUGUCUGACUUUUCUAUUGUCAGAGGAGUGUGUAUGGGAGCCCUGGUGAGGGUCACUGAUUUUACGUUACUAUUAUUAUAGCUGUUUACAGUGAUCACAGUGUGCAGGGCAGUCUAAAACCGCUUCAGCAGAGGUAGGAACAAAGCAACCCCCACCAUACUCCACACACAAGCUAGGGAGGGACUGGCUGCUACCUUUUACAAAAUAAUCCUGAAUGCACAAAGAAAAGAAAAAGCACUAAAUGGGUGACUGAGGAGCACCUAGGCUAUUGUCACCGUGAGAAAUUUGCACUUUUUACAAAUUUUCAGCAUUAUACCUCAGCUGUUCGUAAAUGGACCCCUGCAUGCCUGGUAGAUAGCCCUAAGUACUAACAGAGCAUAAACAGUCCUCGGUUAACUCCCACAGAACUCCCAGACUCUCAACAUGACAGGGGUUAUUCAACCCUUCCCCUGCUGCUGUUGAAAAACAUAUGGCACAAAAACAGUGAAAUCCAGCUACACGGUCAUGGGAUGUCUGACUCAUAAGUGAGAUAAUGAUUCGAUUAGACAGUGUUCAGUGUGGCCUUCAUGUAAUGGGUUUUUGUUCACACAGCAAACCUAAUGCUGUCUCAAACCAACCAACCCUGCCAGAUCAGAGGCUAACACUAGCUACUGUUAUAAUUCUCCUCUUGAUCUGCUCACGUACCAGUAGGUGUGAUUAUCAACGCACAGUUGCACACAACCUUGCAAAAAUAGAACAUACCUCUUAUCUGAAAGCAAUGCAAGGUGUUCUAUCUGAACUAUGUAUGCAUCAGUUGCAUCCAGUGUUUGAAAAUGCAUUGAACAUUUUAGGGGUAGAAUGUAUAAUUUUGUCAGUGAAGAAUGUUAUAAGUUUGUUUUAUUUUUCCAAGUACCAAAGCUGAUUUAUUUCAAGGACACUUUAUGUUCCUUACUCUGUGGUGGACCUUUUGGUUUGCUUACUUUGCAAAUGGCAGGAAUGUGUCUGUGGGGUACAGUAUUAAAUGUUUUAAUUUGACGAUCUGUUUCUCCAGUCGCCUUUGACUAAGUGGAUUGUGACAGGCUUUGCUGUGUUUCUCAUACAAGAUGCACGUGUACAAACGCACACUGAGGUUUAAAUGAUGUGUGAAUGCUUCAAUAAUAGGUUUGUUUGACUUUUUAUUCCCACUCCAAAAUAAAAAGGUGUGUCCCGGA